AUGGACACGACGCCUACUGCUAGUGCAGCAACAAUUCCCCAAACUAUCUCUAAUCUUGGACCCACCAUCCAUGACCGUAUCCAAACCCUUACAGACUUCCAUAUUCGUCUCCAGUCCGUCCGACAUAUACCUUCCUUACUGUUGAGGCCUCCAUCUGGAUCCUCGCUGUCCCAUACGCCCGAAUUUUCUUCUCCAUUCGAUCCAACCGACCACGACUUUGCAGCUCCAUUCCACGCUACCCCAGCACAGGACUUCCGCACUCUAAAAACCAUAGCCGAUAGCCUGCGCUCUGAAAAGAUACAAGAAGCGCUGAAAGUUUCACGCGAGAGUGAGGACGCAGAUAAAAAUGACCUUGGCUUGUUCCAGAGAGAUAAUCGCAAGCGGAAGCGACCACUUUCACCGGUUGGCUCACCUCAGCCUUACAUACCGCCGCCACCGCCAACUUCAUCUUUAUUCCCACCAUUUGAGGAUGAACCUCCACGAUUGCGCGCCGAGGGGCUGAUAGAGUAUAUUCGAGAAUUCAACAGAGGGAGUUCUCGUGACACAAAGUUGCUCCACAGUGCGGGGAUCGGCGAACCCUUCCAGCCGAAAUGUAGACUAUGCCUGUGGUCUAGGACGCGCCCGCCACAAUUCGAUCAAGCAAUGAAUGGGCCUCGACCGAAGUUGACUAGUCCCGUUAUCUUGCGGCUCACCAUCGAGGAUGUACUUACGGCUUAUGUCUCCCUCGUGUUUGAUCGCUUGGAAGAUCCUCUCCUUGUAGAGAGUGUAACUGCGUUUGGUCCCAGAGAGAUGAAGCUACCUCAUAUGCAAUCCGAUUAUCUCGCAUUCCAAGUACUAUCUGAGCAUGUUGCAAAAAUGGCCCAAUCACACCCACAAGUCCCUCUUCAGACACUCAUUCAUCUUUUGGUAUCUUAUCGAGGACUUUUUGUCGAUCAGUGUACUAGUUGCGAACGAGUGCUCUCGGCCGAGGGCCACGUUCCUCCAGCUGGGAGACUAUGGAUUACCAGAGGUGCCCAGCAAAUUAUUGAUCUCAAUGCGAACAAAGCAGAUGAAUCCAAUCCCGGCGGCGUCACUAAUCCGGAUGCCGCUCCAGCGGGGAAUCGAACCGCAGAUUACCCAGAUGGACAUUGGGAGUCGCGUCAUGUUACUUGUAUGUAUAGCUGA